CAUUAACAUAUUACUUGUUAUGACUGUUUUGAAAUGAUAGUUUCACUUUACACAUACACAGGAAAAAUCCAGUGCUAUGGCAUUCAUGGUCCGUCUGGCAGCAAAAGCAGGUCAGACCUAAAUAUAACCACAAGGCCCAUUCCAUUUCAACACACAACAUCAAAACACACACUUGUGCUCAGUACAACGAGACCUACAACUUUACUGAGAGCAGACACACUCCUCAGCAAUGGAUGCAAUUGAUGAAGUGGAGGAGGACCAGCUUAUUGACUAUGCUAUAGAAUUGAGCCUUCAGGAUUCCUGUAAACAAUUUCAGUUCACAUCUAUAGAAAGUUUGGAAAUAGCCAGUGAUGAAAAUCUGAGGAUUGUAACUGCAAUAAAACAAGGUGACACAUUCACCCUUCUGGAGCUGUCGGAGUUCACCACGGCCUUCAGAGAGGUAGACAAUCGAGGAUGGCUACCUCUUCACCUGGCAGCAGCUCAACCAGUUGCGCAGGUGCUAAAAAUCGUGUUAGAUGCGUCGUACGAACUUACCCUGGAGGAAAAGACGAUCGAAGGAGAGACUGCAAUGACUUUGGCAGCUCAGGCGGGCCUGGUAGAAAACGUGAGGCUGCUUCUGGCGAACGGAGCGUCUCCAAACAACACUAACGACACGAACGAGUCUCCAUUGCUUCUGGCUGUGGCACAUGGGUCAUAUGAAAUGGUGGGUAUUCUCAUCUUGAACGGAGCGCUGGUGGAGCAGAUCUGUCUGAAGAAGUGGACGGCGAUGCACGAGGCGGCCAAGGUGGGCUGCUGUGACAUCUUCAUGCUGUUGCUCAGGAAUGGCGGUCUGAUAACGCAGACGAGCGGCCACGGGGUGACUCCUCUGGGGAUCGCGGCAGAAAAUGGCCACGCAGAUGUGAUGGAGAUUAUUAUCAAAGAAGGGGGCGAUGUGAACGCACAGGCCUACAAUGGUGAAAGCGUGCUGUACGAUGCCGCUGGCUCGGGGAAUCCUGAUUGUAUCGAUAUGCUCCUACACUAUGGAGCCAGUCCCAAUGUGCCAAGUGUGUGUGGAAACCUCCCUAUCCACAGAGCAGCUUAUCUGGGACAUUACCUGGUCCUUGAGCAUCUGAUGGAUGUGACCUCUAAGCUGGCCAUCACAGACAGUGGCCAGAGCCCGGUCCACUCCGCUGCUGAGGGUGGCCAUGCACAGUGCCUGCAGCUGCUCAUCGAACGCGGGUUCAGCGUCAACGUCAUCCUGGCCAAUUACAUAUCGGAGGAUUACGGAGACAUGAGGAAGAGCCCUCUGUUCUUCGUUGUCUCUAACGGAGACGUCACCUGUACAGAGAUACUGCUGAAGGCUGGUGCGAAACCUGACCUGGAUCCCCUGCACUGCCUCCUAGUGGCCGUCAGGGCUGGGCAUUAUGAGAUCGUGAAGCAGCUGCUGGCCAGGCAGGCGGAUGUGAACUGCUACUUCACGGUGGUCAGUGACACUGUGUUCCCCACUGCUCUGCAGUACUGUCUGAGGGACGAGAUGAUGAUGAGACUGCUCCUCAACAACGGCUACGAUGCAGAGAGGUGCUUCUGCUGUCACCAUGACAACGGCUUCAAUGAACACUGGCCUGGGCACAGUAAUCAGCUUUACCAGACAACUGAAGAAAAGGAAAAAAUACCUUUCUGUGACUUCAUCAGCUACAUGAAGCACUUGUCAGGAAGUGCGGUGCGGAUCCUUCUGGACUAUGUCAGUCAUGUGCCCAUCUGCUCCAAACUCAAACUCAUACUGGAGAAGCAGAGAGAGUGGCCUGAGAUCUGUGAGAUACUGGGGAACCCACGGCCACUGAAGCACCUGUGCAGACUGGUGAUCCGGAGACAGAUGACACCAAAGAGACUGUGUGACCCUGUCACCAUGGAGUCUGCCCCCUUUGCCCCCAGAGUGAAGAGCUACCUGCUGUAUAACGAGUAUGACCUGUAUGGCAGAGGCAUGGGUCAGGAUAUGUGAAUACAUGUCUGGUACAUUGGUCAGGGUUUGUUAGAAAACCUAGACUGUGCACUGUUCAAAUCUUGUAUUGGUGACAAAUUUUGGGGUUGGAAUGUAUCGCAUUGCAGAUCUGUCGUGUAAACAGCUACCUUAUAUUGUUUAAAUAUCUAUUGAUUUAAAAUAUUUGGCUGUGCUCGCUAACAGUUGUAUUUUUAUUUGGGCCUACGCAGAUGUGCAUUCCUGUCCUGUAAAUCCACACUGAAAAUGAAUGCAUGAUAUGAAGUAACGUUACAGGCAAGUGUUGAAAUGUGGGCAGCACUAUCGACAGGAAACAUUUUGAAAUUAAAGCUCUGCUUGGCUGCUUUUAACCUCCAUUACUUUCCAACUUAAAAUAGCUUCAUUUCCACGCAUCAUUUUCCCAAUGUAGAACUCCUGGCCAGCUUCCAUUUCUGUUUGAAAGAAUGUUCAGUUUUUUCAGCUGUAAUCUGAAGCGUAACAGAGUGGACAAUGCAGCAGUUACACUGCUGUUGUUACCUGUUACAUAAUAGCUGUGAUUAUGACUGCAUGCUUUGUCUUAACACCCACUUGCUCUAGACAAGCUUGACACCACAUUCCAUUCUUCCCUUCUUCUCCCUGCAUUUCCUGAUCCUGAUCCUGAUCCUGUAAACUCUUUUUCUGGACAAAUAUAUGGUAAUGUAGAGUGACAUAUUGUAUAUUUAUGGGUGAAUACAUGUACAUAUUUUUUUUGUAUUUAGACUUGUGUGCGUUGUCUGAAAUA